AUGUGGAAAUAUCAUGGGAGGGGCUCAGGCAGACCUCAUCAGCCACCAGAGGUACCACAUGCUUCUUCAUCAGAUCAUCAGGUACCUCAGCCUAUCAGGACUGCCAAUGAUGCCCAGGGCUAUGUCAAGUCUCAGCUCCACCAACUGGACAUUAGCCAUGAGAUUCAGAAGCUCCUGGACAACUCAAAAAGCGAUGAGAAGCUCAGGGGCUUAGACAAUGCAUAUGAUCUGAGCCAGUGUAUGAGGUCUAAGAUUGUUCUACUUGAGCAGGCAAAAAUACCUCAGGAACUUACAAUCACCAGGCUCAGGGAAGAUGCUGAUAGAAUGGAAGCUGAGCAAAAGGAGCUGAGUGCUUUGCAAGCUGAGCUGAAGGUGAAUCUGCAAAGAGCUGAGAAAUACAUAGAUACUAGGGCUCAGUUGAAUGAGACAAAGAAGACUGCCAUUGAUGAGUUCAUGAGGGAGUACAAUCUGACUGAAUUUGAUCUCAGCAAGCUGUUGCAAAAAUGUCAGCAAGAUGGGACUAGUCAGAGGUCCCAGGGCUCAGCCAUGUCUGCCAACUCAGACAACAAGUAG